AUCGAAUUCAAAAAUGCUGGAAUGGAAUGGCUUGUUAUAGAAGAAUUAAAAGAACUCUUGCGUUUUUGGAAAACUGACUUAGAAUUUACAAAGGAAUUAAAAGCUAAGGAUCUUGAUGGAUGUUACGCAACGCGUACUGUCAACAUUAUUAACAAAUUUGACAGACUCGCAGAGUUAUUGGACGCGCUACAUGAGCAACUUCUUGAGUGUAAUACAUCUGAAGAAUGCUUUACUAGAUUUCCUGAAGUUCAAAAUAUACUUGAAGAUUUAGUAUGCAUUAGGAUUUUGACGUUACAUGAUACUUUAUGUCAAAAAAUUAUAGAAUGCCUUUUAGAAUAUACUAAAUUGUUCGAUAAAAUGGAUAAUGUGUUUACACAUUUUAUAGGUCUGCCAAAGUAUUGGUGUUUGAAAGUAUUGCGAACCAUUUCCAUCGGUCAUUCGCAAGGUGAUAACGCCACAGAAAAAUUAGCGUAUUUAUGUGGUGCAGGAUCUUCUGAUUUAGAUAAUUCGUACAUCGAAGAAGCCGUUUCAAUCAUCACAAAUUUUUUAGAUAACAUUGAAAAUUGUUUGUUUCAACUCCCGUCGACAUGCAUAAUAAAUGUUUCCGAGCAGCUAAUUCCAUUAUUGCAAGUUCCUGACAUGUUUGGAUUAAUCGAACGCAUAAUUUUGUUCGCGACUAAAGACAAGUUGUAUCAUACAAUAAAUACUGAAUACGAGACUAUAUUAUCGGAGCGUUUUGUGGAGUAUUUAGUAUCUUUUCAUCAUGAUAUAUACAUGAAACUUUGUAAUCAAGCCAAGCUUGGGUUAUGGACCAAUUGUCAUGCCGCAGUGGAACAUGAGACUUUGGCGUCUUUUCAACAGCUACUUUUUCCAGUAAAUAAGGAUUAUAUGACUCCUCGUAGUAUCACGGAAUUUCUCCAAAAUAAACCGUUUUUCUAUCAAGUUAUAAACUAUCCGAAGAUAUUUGGCUUGUGUUUUGAUGUGUUUAUUAAAUGUUUGGAAGUCUCUCCCGAUUGGCGUGUAUUACGUCUAAUAAAAUACACCAUAACUCAUGUUAUUGAAAGCAAGGAUCGCAACGGAUUUAUUCCAUUAGAUAUUACUUCUUAUUUUCCCAAAUUAUUAGAAAGACUUGUUACGGUCCUUGCAAAUGAUACUCCUGGAACUCAUGCAUUUUAUAAAAUGAAUUCUCUUCGACGUAAUUUGCUUUUGGAACAAAGUCCUUCAGCCAUUCAUAAUUACAGAAAAUGCGUCUGGAUAAUUUUAAUGUCAUUCACAAAAUGGCAUUAUUGGAUCAUUGAAGCAUUUUUCGACAUACAAAGUAAUGCCAUCGGUGAUUUGAUUACAUCUAUAAGAGAAUGUUUGAAAUUAAAUCAAAACGGAAAAGAAAAAGUACUCAAAUGUCUUAAGCGUUAUCGACAUAUAUUAAAAAGUAACCUUGUGCUAGUAGAUAUAACGUUAGGCUUAUGGUCUAAAACCAAAUCAUUAGAAUUCAUGGAAGAAAUUUUGAAUGCUUGUAUAAUGUCUAAUGAUCAUUCCUCAUCAAGGCAAAUGCAAACGAUGCAAACAAAUGAAGAUAUAAACCUGUCAGCUUUAACUAAAAUCCUGGAUUAUUUUUACGAAAAUCAAUAUGAAAAGAAUGAAGAAAUUAUGAAAUAUUUAAAUAGAUUAAAAGAAAGGUGUAUCAUGUAA